GAAAGGCAUGCCGGGUAACAGUAAAGAUGAAGCGACCGCUGUCCAGUUUAAAUCUAUGUACCAACACGAAAAUGAAACUGGGCCGUGCUGGUUUCCAGUACACCUCCGACCUGCAUCACCUGAACCCGGAACAAGUCAGCCAAGAGGCUGGAGUUUCCCAACAAGAGGCACUACAGGUGCUUCAGGCUGUUAGGACAGGAUGUGGUGGAGCCUCUCUGAGUGCUUUGGAGCUCCUUCAGAAGGAAGAGAGUUUCAGAAGCAUCAUAACCUUCUGCUCACAGCUGGACAGUGCACUUGGAGGAGGACUUCCUGUUGAGAAGAUAACAGAAAUCUGUGGAGUUCCAGGAGUGGGAAAAACCCAGCUGUGGUGA